UUUCUUUCCAUUUUGUUAAAGUGUAUGAGCAAGGAGAUGACCUCAAUAGUAUUUUCUUCCUUUAAACCCUCUAAAUAAAGGUAAGGUACAAAAUGUCCUUUUGGUGGGUAGAUGUGAUGGUCUAAAGAGAGGAAAGCCUAGGCACUAAGUGCAGAGGUGUGGCCCUCGUGACAGGUACAUGGGGAGGAGCUGAGCUACCUGUGCUCUGCAGGCAGUCAGGACACAUUGAACAGUACACCUGUUGAACUUCCCAGGCAGUCUCUCUCUUUCAACCCUCCUGUUCUCUUUCACUGACCUGAGGAAAGGGGGACCUGACAGGCUCACCAUGGAUCCCAGGGAGGCCGGUGGGGGUGAGAAGGACAAGGAAAGACAGAUAAAAAGAAAAAACCGGCCUGUGUUCCUGCGGUACCUGGAGAGGAGAAAGACGGACACUAUAGUGGUCGAUGACAUGGCCAAAGGUGACAUCAACCUGGGGACGCUGGUGAGGAGGAGUCAGUCUGACAAGACGGAGUACAGCGCUAAAAUUAAAGACAAAUUGAUGCCACUUGACCUGUCAGCUCUUCCCUCUCCGGUGCUGGACGUGGAAGAGAUUUGGUCCAGGAAGAUGAGCCGCAGGGCGAAAGUGAUAAAAGAACUUGUGCAAACUGAAAAGGACUACCUCACUGACUUGGAACUGUGCAUCAGAGAAGUCGUCCAGCCUCUACGAGUGUUACAGGUUGUUGACGUAGACCGACUUUUCACCAACAUGGAGACGGUGUGUGAGGUGUCUGCCGCUCUUCUUAACAGAAUGCACAUGGCCAUGUCUGACCCAGAUCCAGAAGCAGUCGUCAUAGGGGAAGUGUUUAUUCAGGCAAAGGCAGCUUUAGAAGAUGUAUAUAAGAUUUAUUGUUACCACCAUGACGAUGCCAACAUGUCUUUGAAAGCCUAUGAGAAGGAGGAACAGAUAAAGCAGCAUUUUACUAUAUGUAUCUUAGCAUUGAAAAAAAUCUAUGACCAAGAAGGAAAACCCAAUUUGUUGGACAUGGGCUCCCUGCUGAUCAAACCAGUCCAGAGGAUCAUGAAGUACCCAUUGCUUCUGGGGGAACUUUGGCAGGCUACCCCUGAAGACCACAUUGACUAUCUGCCCCUGCAGGAGGCGCUCACCGCUGCCAAGAUCAUAAAUGUUAACAUCAAUGAGUUCAGGAGACGGAAAGACAUAGUUAUGAAGUACAAGAGGUUAGAAAACGAUGAAGGCACGCUGAGGGGCAAGCUAAACAAGAUUAACAUCCACUCUCUCCGGAAGAAAGGAGACAGGUUUGCAGGAUAUCUGAAGAUUCUCACUGGAGUAGAACCACAGGUGAGAGAUGAAGUGUUUGAUAAGGAAGAGAAACUGUUCAGGAGUUUGGAAAAAGCUGUGAGGCAACUGGCCAAGAAUGUUAACUGUUAUGUGCAAUACACUCAGGAGAUGGUGCCUGUUGCUGUUCAGAACGUGAAGGACAUGGAAAACAUUAUUACGGAUCCAAGCAAAGCAGACACAAAUGGCUCGUCACACAAGAAUGGCAAAGAUCCUUAUAAGUACUUUAAAGAGCGAAUGGAGGAGUUGGUUCUGCUGCCCCUCACCUCUCUGCAGGGCAUGUUCACAGCUCCGCAGAAGCUCAUCCAGAAGCGUUAUGACAAGCUGCUCGACUACUGCUGCCGCUUGGAGCGCUCCUCCUCUUUUGCAUCCUCAUCCUCCACCUCCACCGUGUCCUCCACCGCCUCACCAGCGUCAGAUGCGCCUCCUGGUCCUGCCAAGAGAGACUAUGAAGCCAUCAAUGCUUUGCUAGUGGAUGAGUUGCAGAGGUUCAACAUGGCGGCUUAUACUAUCCUGACAAACUGCGUGCUGUGUCUGGUGGCCCUGCUCAGAGGACUGAUGGUUUGCGCUUUGGUUGGAGCUCCGGCUGUUCACCAGCUGCCUCCUCCAUUGUCAAACAUGGUUGAAGUGCAGAACAGCAUCAUGGAUGAGCUGAACAAUCUGACAUUUGUGAAGGACAAUGCUCAGAAGUUAAUGGAGAGAAAAGUCAGCUUUGAGAGGCAACGAGACAAAAAAACUGUGGUGCAGGAGGUGCAGCAUCAAACAGAGGAACAGCGAGCCUGGCUGCUGGCGGAGUACCCACCGAACCGCCUCUACCAGCUGAAGAGGAAGUGUAAUGGCUGUCAGGAGCAGGACCUCAGCCUGCUGGAGGGAGAGCUGGUGGCCUUGUUGGAGGAUACAGACCCUUUAGGCAGCAGCAGCCGUUGGCUGGUGCACAACGGAGGUGACAAAGGCUAUGUCUACUCCACUUUCCUGAAGCAGUACAACCCUCUGAGGGACUCCCAGCGGGCAAACCAGAAGGCCAAAGAGCAGCAGCAGCCUCCUGUCAUCACAUAUGAGGACUUUGACGAUCUCAGCCUGUUUGUGUCACCCAGCAGCAGCAGCAUGCGUAGCCUCAGCCUGAACACCACAGACAGCAGCUCAACCCUCUCAGGUCUGCAGGGAGAGCUGGAGAACGCUGAAGAACUGGACGAGUCGGUGGAUGGUGACACCCAACAGUAUUAUGCCGUUUAUGCAUUUCACGCACGCUGUGAACAGGAGCUGUCCCUGCAGGAGUACCAGCACGUCCGCAUACUCCAGUUCUGUGACCUGGGCGGAAACAAGCAGUGGUGGUUGGCUGAGGCCAAUGGACAGAAGGGAUACGUCCCUGCUAACUACCUUGGCAGAAUGUCAUAUGCAUGAAUCUAGAAUGUAAAAAUGACAAAAAGAAAGCAAUAUGAAUAGUUAUGAUGUCAUACCCAACCUUUUUUUAAGUAAUAUCUUACAUUUUGGAAAUUUGGGAUUCAAAUAUUCUGUAACUGUUCAAGGUUACAUAUUUCUCCAUUUUGAGUUUAAUACCAAAGUCAUGAGAAAAUUAACUGCAAGAGCGUGUUUAUUUCUGUGUCGCAUCAGCUUCUAGUAUAUUGUUUUAAAUUUAUUCAACAAAUGGCCCAUUUAAAUGGAGCAUAAGCAUGGUUUAUCUUAUUUGUUUAAGCUAUGUUGUGGAUUAAAGCCCUCCCAUGGCAUUAACAUUAGAAGCUGAUGUUUAAAUCGCCAUCUGUGAUUAGUUAUUUGUCACCAUCCUUUAAUCAGAACAAUAUACUUUCACAAAGAAUUUCAUAUUUUAAAUUGGAGAGGUGACACAAGAUCAGGUCAUAUUUUAAUAUGCAUCAAAUUAUACAACUUAAUUUUUUAUUUUUGAAAUAACAUUUCUCCACAUUGUCUUCAAGAAGAGCUAAUUUGACUUGUUUGUAAGAAAACUUUCUAUUUAGUUUUUUUUUUUUUACAUUUAAAGCCUUACACAAUUAUU